GGUAAUUUGACAAGCGUGCAAGAGUUGUACUUGGAUUAUUCCUCAUUUGAUGAAGAGUCUUGGAGCAUUGCCUUCUCUAAAACUCUUGUCUAUGUUUACCCUCGAUGCUAGCUUACCUCAAGGACUGCCGAAUUUCAAAUUUUUGGAGUACUUGGAUUUGAGAGCAUCUGCUCUCCCCGACAACUUCUAAAAGACAUGGAAAAGUUACCCUCACUUAAGACUUUAUUAUUGUCCUAUUGUCGACUAAGUGGCACCAUACCUGCAGCCAAAGGUUUAUGCGAGUUGAUACAUCUUCAAGAGAUAGAUAUAAGCAACAAUAAUCUCAGUGGCACAUUGCCUUCGUGCCUAGCAAAUUUAACAUCCCUUCAACGAUUAGAUCUAUCUUCCAAUCAUUUCACUGGAUAUAUCUCCUUAUCUCCCUUGCGGACUCUCACAUCCUUACAUAUAUUACAACUUUCAAGCAACUUGUUCCAAAUCCCAAUCUCAUUACUGCCGUUCUUCAACCACUCAAAGCUCAAGUUCUUGUAUUGUUAUGGGAACGAAAUAUAUGCAGAUAUAGAUAUGCCUAAUUUGACACCAAAAUUUCAAUUAGAGAACCUAGAUUUUUCUGGUCAAGGAGAUGGGGGAGUGUUUCCAAAGUUCCUCUACUAUCAGCAUAAAUUGCAGUAUGUUGAUAUGUCAAAUAUUAAAAUGAAGGGAGAGUUUCCUCAUUGGUUGAUCGGGAACAACUCAAAAUUAGACACUCUUAGCUUGGCCAAUUGUUCACUUUCGGGGCCUCUCCACUUGCCAAUUCAUUCCCAUGUGUAUAUUUCACACUUAGAUCUCUUUAGCAAUUACUUCACUGGUUCCAUUCCAACAGAAAUUGGAGUAAGUUUUCCAAAUUUAGAUUCUCUAUACUUAUCUAGAAAUGGGCUCAUUGGUGGCAUUCCUUCAUCAAUUGGCAAAAUGAGCCUAUUGAGAGUAUUAGAAUUGUCCAACAAUCGACUAUCAGGCAUAAUACCACAAGACUUGACUGUUGGAUGUAUUUCAUUAUCUAAUCUCAUUCUUUCCAACAACAAUUUGCAAGGCCAAAUAUUCCCAAAACAUGCUGAUUUUAAAGAAUUGAAGCUGUUAUGGUUGGAUGGCAAUCAAUUCACUGGAAGUAUCCCAUAUGGCAUAGUUAACUGCACUGGGUUGCAAAUCUUGGACGUGAGUGAUAAUCAUCUCUCUGGUAGCAUCCCUGGUUGGAUAAGGAAUUUAACUUCUCUUGAAGUCAUGGAUCUAUCACAGAACAAUUUCUCUGGAAACCUGCCAUCUAACUUUGGCCCUCAAUGGAUCAGAGAAGUUUAUCUAUCAAAAAAUAGGCUACAAGGAGCAUUGACGAAUGCAUUCUGCAAUUGUUCUGAAUUAAUGAUAUUGGAUCUUAGACACAACUAUUUCAGUGGAAGGGUUCCAGAAUGGAUUGACAAGUUUUCAGAAUUGAGCUAUCUUCUUUUGGGUUAUAAUAAUCUUGAAGGUGAAAUACCAAUUCAGUUGUGCAACUUACGCCAAUUAAGCUUGGUUGAUCUCUCUAAUAAUAAUCUUUCUGGUCAUAUCCUCCCUUGCAUAAGUGCCGCUAGCAAUUGGCAAAAAAAAGUUGCUUCAUAUGGAUAUCCAGGAACUUACAUGAAACAACCUUUGGAGUUUACAACAAAGAGAGUAUCGUAUUAUUUCCAAGGAAGCAUUCUCAAGUUAAUAUCAGGACUCGAUCUGUCCUGCAACAAUUUGACAGGUAAAAUUCCUACUGAAAUAGGAAAUCUUAGGAUGAUCCAGGUUUUAAACCUAUCCCAUAACAGGUUGACAGGAUUGAUUCCACAAUCAUUUUCAAGCUUGAGUCAAAUUGAGAGCUUGGAUCUUUCCUACAAUAACUUGAAUGGCAAAAUCCCUCAACUCACUCAACUACAUUUUCUAGCUGUCUUCAGUGUAGCACAUAACAACUUAUCUGGCAAGACACCUGAGAUGGUUGCACAAUUUGCGACAUUCGAGAAUAGUAGCUAUGAGGGAAACCCUUUCCUUUGUGGACCUCCACUGUCUAAAAGUUGCUUUCCUUCACCAGUAACGCCAAGAGUUCCAGAAGAGGAUAAAACAGAUCAUAAAAAAGAUGGUGGCUUUAUGGACAUGGAUGCUUUCUAUGUGAGUUUUCUGAUUUCAUAUGCCAUAGUGUUAUUGACCAUAGCUGUUGUUUUGUACAUAAAUCCAUAUUGGCGAAGAGCAUGGUUCUAUAUGAUGGAGACGAGCCUCACCAACUUCUACUAUUUUCUGGCGGACAAUAUUCCUUUUGUGUUUAGAUGCUAUUGAAGUAUAGCUCUAUGUACUUCAGAAGCGUUCAACCUUGAUGAGUGAGUUGAGUUUAUGUUAUAGUUUCAGUAAGCUGGGAUGGUUGUAGAAUAAUGAGCUGGAGCUGCUUGCGGAAUAUCAUUUGUUGCUUGUUUUUGUAAGUUAGAUGAGCUGUAAACAAACACUGUUGAGUUUGCAGCCGCACGUGUAGUAGUUAUACUCCCGUAUAGUGUUCAAUUUUUUUUGU